UUUCCGGGCUCCGGGGUAUUUUAAGGCGCGAGCCACUAGGGUCGCCUGACUCCCGUCGCCCGGUGCUCCGCUUCUUGCUUUCUCUGUGGUCUGCUCCCUGGCACCAUCAGCCAUGGGUCCCUGGCCCCACUCGUUGCGCGCCGUCCUGUUGCUGCUGUUCUUGGCAGUCUGCACAGUGCGUUCCGACACACCUGCCAAUUGCACCUACCCCGACCUGCUUGGUUCCUGGGUCUUCCAAGUGGGCCCCAGACGUCCCCGAAGUGACGUUAACUGCUCGGAGAUGGGACCAACAGAAGAAAAAGUAGUGGUACACCUGAAGAAGUUGGAUACUGCCUAUGAUGAACUGGGCAAUUCUGGGCAUUUCACCCUCAUUUACAACCAAGGCUUCGAGAUUGUGUUGAAUGACUACAAAUGGUUUGCAUUUUUCAAGUAUGAAGUCAAGGGCAGCACAGUCGUCAGUUACUGCCAUGAGACCAUGACUGGGUGGGUCCAUGAUGUGCUAGGCCAGAACUGGGCUUGUUUUGUUGGGAAGAAGAUAGGAAGUGCUUCUGAGAAGGCGAACGUGGCAAAUGUAAAAGUGGCACACCUUGGAAAUCUCCAGGAAAGAUAUUCUGAUAGGCUCUACAGUUAUAACCACAACUUUGUGAAGGCCAUCAAUACUGUUCAGAAGUCUUGGACUGCAGCCAUAUACAAGGAAUAUGAGAAGCUGAACCUAAGAGAUCUGAUUAAGAGAAGUGGUGGCCACAGCCAAAGGAUCCCAAGGCCCAAACCUGCCCCACUGACUGCUGAACUACAGCAACAGAUUUUAAAUUUGCCAGAAUCUUGGGACUGGCGAAAUGUCCAUGGCGUCAAUUUUGUCAGCCCUGUUCGAAACCAAGAAUCUUGUGGAAGCUGCUACUCAUUUGCCUCUAUGGGAAUGCUAGAAUCAAGAAUUCGUAUAUUAACCAACAAUUCUCAGACCCCAAUCCUGAGUCCUCAGGAGGUUGUGUCUUGUAGCCAGUAUGCCCAAGGUUGCGAUGGUGGGUUCCCCUACCUCAUUGCGGGCAAGUACGCCCAAGAUUUUGGAGUGGUGGAAGAAAACUGCUUCCCCUACUUAGCCGCAGAUGCCCCGUGCAAACCAAAAGACAACUGCCUCCGCUACUAUUCUUCUGACUACUACUAUGUGGGUGGCUUCUACGGUGGCUGCAAUGAAGCCCUGAUGAAGCUCGAGCUGGUCCAGCAUGGGCCCCUAGCCGUUGCCUUCGAAGUCCAUGACGACUUCCUGCACUACCGCAGUGGAAUCUACCACCACACCGGGCUGAGAGACCCUUUCAACCCCUUUGAGCUGACCAAUCAUGCUGUUCUGCUCGUGGGCUAUGGAAGAGAUCCAGCCACUGGGACAGAGUACUGGACUGUGAAGAACAGCUGGGGCACUCAGUGGGGUGAAAGCGGCUACUUCCGGAUCCGCAGAGGGACCGAUGAGUGUGCCAUUGAGAGCAUAGCCGUGGCAGCCAAACCAAUUCCUAAACUGUAGGACGCAGCUCCCAGUGUUACUGGUCUUCAUCGUUCGCAGAGUGAUUUAGUCACAGGAUUGAGACUUUACAACAGCAAUUUCAGAAGCUUAGCACUAGGUUUCCAUGAAGACUUUUGCCUUUAAAUUUAAAAAUCAUGCUUGAUUUUUUUUUUUUUUCUUAUCCUUCCCAUCAACUGAACCACUCUUUUUUUUUUUUUAAAUAGGUACAUGGUUAUAUAAGACUUUUGUGAGCAAUGGUUAAGUUGUCAAAUAAUGAAUUUUUUUGGUCAUCUACAAUGAUCAGUACUACAGAAUUUCUAUAUGUGUUUACAAGAAUUUUUGUCACUGACUCCUUCCCUUAGAAGCAUUUAUAUUCCAUGAUGCAUUUUUUUUUUUUUUUAAGGAGGAAAGACAAAGAAAAUAUGUCAUGUAGGAGACAACCUAGGGAACAGGAAAAAUAGGUCAGCUGCAAAAAGUGCUUGCUGUGCAAGUAUGAGGAGUUAAUGUCAGUCUUCAGGAUCCAUGCCAGACAUGCUGACACACUUGUAAUCCUAGCACCAAGGAGACAGAGACAGGUGGAUCUCUGGAGCUUACUGGUCAGUCAGUGUAGUUAAAUGAACAAGUUCCGGGUUAGUAAAGUGAUCUGUGUCAAAAUCAAGUGAGUGUUCCUAAGAAGUUAUAGCCACAGUUGGCUUCUGGCUUCUGUACCGGCUUAUGCUUCCAUACUUACAUGAACAUACAGAUAAACAAACAAAUAAAUAAAUAAAACAAAAGCUUUUAACCUUAUGUCAAGGGGUAUCUUCUGACAAUACCUAGUGAACUCUAAAUUCAUACAGAAAAUAAAGGGUUUUCAUAAUACCUGCAUGUUGAAA